AUGAACAAGUUUUUCGAUUUCACCGUCAAAGAUAUCAAGAACCAGGACUGGAACUUGAACGCCCUCAAGGGCAAUGUUGUCCUUGUCGUUAAUGUCGCGUCAAAGUGCGGCUUCACCAAGCAAUACUCGGGUCUUGAAGAACUUUACAAGAAGUAUAAGGAUCGUGGUUUCACCAUUGUUGGCUGUCCAUGCAACCAAUUUGCCGGCCAAGAACCUGGCAACGAAGAACAGAUCCAAGAGUUCUGCAAGCUGACUUACGAUGUCAGCUUCCCUCUCACUGCUAAGCUUGACGUUAAUGGCGAUAAUGAGGCUCCUCUUUACAAGUUUCUGAAGGAAUCGCAGCCUGGUUUGCUUGGCAUGAAGCGAGUCAAGUGGAAUUUUGAGAAAUUCUUGGUUGACCGUGAAGGCAACGUUGUGAAGCGCUAUGCAUCGCUCACCGAACCCAAGUCCAUUGAUGCCGACAUCGAGAAGCUUUUGUAA